AUGAAUAAAAAGAAACUUAAGGGUAAAAAGAAAGAAGCUAAAGAUAAAAAAAGCAACAAUAAAUUGAAGAAACUAACAAAUGGAGAAAUAGAAAAUAUUAUCAAAACGCAAAAAGAAGAACUUAUUAGAAUAAAUCAAAAAAAACACCUUUUAGAAAAAAAGCUAAGUGAAAAAAACAAAGAGUUUGAAAUAUUUAAAAAUGAAUACAAAGAAUUGAAAAAUAAAGUAAAUGUAAUUAAUGAAGACUGUGAAAAGUAUGAUGAAAAGAUACAAGAAGAAAAUAAAACUAUCAAAAGUAAAUCUAUUUUUUAUAAUUUUCAAAAUGAGGAAGAGAUGAAAAAGUUAGAAAAGGAGAAAGAUAAUCUCAAAAUUUUAAUUGAUGAGAAACAUGAAGAAACCAUGAAUAAUAUAUUAAAUCAUAUAGAACAACAACGUCUUAGUUUAGACUAUGAAAAAAACAAAAAUUUUGAAGAAAUUAAUGAAUUAAAUAUGUCAUUCGAUGUGAGGAUGCAAAAUGUAGAGGAGUUAUUUACAAAAUAUUUAGAAUCAUAUGAUAUAGAGAAAAAAGAAGAAGUGGAUGAUAUAAUAGAGAAUUAUAAAAUUUUAGAGAGGAACGAAAUAAAUUAUAUACAAAAUAUGUAUAAUGAUCAUGUUAAGAAUAUUAAAGAAAUACAUAUGGUAGUUCUGGAGAAUUAUAAAAAAUAUUAUAUUGAUCAACUCAAAGAAAAUAUAAAGAAAAUAAAAGGUUUAAAAGAAAAAAUAAAUGAACUCGAAAUAAACGAUAGGGAAAUAAAGAACGAUUUAAAUGUACAUAAUAAUGAAUAUGAUUCUAUGGUAGAUAAUAUUAAAAAUUUAGAAUUGAAGAGAGAAAAUUUGAAGAGGGACCUAAAGUUUUAUUCAAAAGAUUUCGUCAUAUAUAAAAACUUAGAGCUAAUUUAUAAUGAAAGUGAUGUUCAUAUAAAAAAUUUAAAACAAUUCUCACAAAGUUCAAGAGACAAAAUUACUCAAGUGGAAAAAGAGUUAAAGAGAAUAUCUGAAGAUGAAUUAAAUGUAGACGAAUAUUUUGAAGAUAUUAAAAAACAAAAUAUUCUUUUGAAAAAAAAGAUAGAAAGUAUUGAUAUUAAUUUGGAAGAUAUCAAUACAGAAUUUCAAUCUUAUAUAAAGGAGCAUAAUAUAAAAGAUGAAGAUGUACAAACUGUAAGAAAGGGAAUAAACUUUUGUUUAAAUACAUAUAACAGAGAAUUUGAUAAUUUGUUGUAUACCCAAAAGAAAAUGAAGAAGAAAAUCAAAGACACUGUAAAUAUAUAUGAAAAAAAAUUGAAAGACAUAAAUAUAAAAAAGGACACAUAA